AUGUACGACUCUUAUCGCCCACACCCUCUUCUCGCCCAGGUCCCGCUCACGGUCUCACCCUUCAUCAACCUCCCCACCUCAGUCACAUUACCCUACACAUAUAAAUCCGUCACUUCGAUUCUCCCGCCCUCAGUAACGGUCGACCCUAGCAAUCCCGAUGGCAAAGCUCGUUAUGUCGUCUCCUCGAGUGGUGAGCAUGCAGCUCAUCCAGACGAUAUCCUAGCCGCGUGUCACUCCCUCGAAACGCACCUGAACAAGACCCGCAGCGAUGCCGACCAGGCAAUUGAAGCUUGGAAAGAGUCAAUAAAACAGCGCGAGCUUGCUGAAAAGAGACGCUUGGCUCCUGGGUGGCUGGACCGCGAGGAGAAACUACUCCAGCCCAGUCGUGCCACUAUGUCUCCCGGUGCCCAGCAGAGUCUCUUGGAUAGCUCGUCUCCCGACCAAAACGCGUCGCAAAUGCCUGCCAUUCAGCCGCAUGAUGAGGGGGAGGAGUUGGAUAGGGCUUUUGGUGGACUUGGUGUGAAAUGA